AUGGAGUACAUGGUGGACCUCUUCGGACCACGACGGUCGAAUUGUCGGGUGCAAAGCAGUGGCGCCCUGCCUUACUUUACCUAUUUUGUCAGUUUUGUGCAAGUGGUGGUUCUCAUUGUGGCAUGUGCAGGCUACGGCUUCGCGCCCGUCGGCCUUGACUCGGAGCACCAGGUAACCGGCGAAAUCCUACUUCCCUCCCUCGUGGUUGAACGCGUCUGCCGCAUUGAAGAUGAAAACUUGUGGAUCGGUCCUCGCCAGGCUGACCUUAUUCGCAUCGGUGCACGCUACUCGCCCUGUAUGCGGACUGACGCGACGAUGUUCAGGCUUGUUACUGAUACUCAGAAAAGGUGGGAUCGAAGGAGCGGAUGUUGUGUGCGAAACGACGGAGAAGGCUGUCAUCAGACUAGCCGACUCAGCUGUCCGCGUACCACCUCCACUUGGUUGCGUAACCAACCCCUUGACUUGAUUGCCGAUGGGCUGAGGACUGGUCAUUAUACAAGCCGGCUUUUCAUCAGACAAGAGGGAAUCAGCUCUUACAAACCGACUUCUAAAAUAGGCCCCGUCUGUGGACUGGAUCCGGCAUUUUGCGAGGAACCACGCUCCACCGGUCCUUUCGCCUGGUCCCAGACUGACGUUACCGAAUGGCCCGUACGUUAA